ACGGCGAAGGUGCAUUACCCCGAAGCACAUCGAGUGAUGCCGGUCGAAAUAUCGAUUUUCUGAGUUCGGUUUUCGUUUGAUCUUCUGGAAAUGUGGAUAAGAUGAGGAAGUAUGUCUUAGAGAUAUAGAAAUCGCAGGGUGAAAGUUUAACGCAGAAAAAAAAAAUCGUUCUUUUUGGUGGUUCUGUGACUGUUUCACGCAAGAUUGAGAGGUACUGUUUGUUUAACGCGUUUGGUUUAGUAUUCUGAAUAUUUAUGUUGUCAUUAUGAACGAAGAAAAGAAAAAGAAUACUGUAUCAGCUGUCUUAUCUUCAGAGAUUUAUCCUUCCGUCGAAAAAUAAAUAAAUGAAUAUAGAUAAACCCAAAAUGUGCUGAAAAUCGAGAAUAAUCUUUAAGGAACAUAAUGGAUUCAGUUCCCACGUUUUUUCCACGAUAAAGUGUUUCAAAUAUCCGUCGUCUGAAGAUUUCCAAAACUUGCAGAAGUACUUGAAAAAACGCAUGAAAGAAUUUCUCCGACGAAUGGCAGAAUAAAAGGGAAGGAGGAAAGAAAACGAAAAAAAAACGAGAGAAAAAAUAUACACACGUAUCCCAUCUCUUCGCCAAACUUCUGCCUAAGAGGAUACGGACUUAGUUGUUUUUUUUUUUCUCUCUCUCUCUCUUCCCGCCCACACCCACCCCCACCCCCUCCAUCCCCGCCCCGGAAACAAACGACGAAAGUGUAAACAAAAAUCUUAGAACGAAAAGUAUUUCUUAAAAAAGUGAGAAAAAAAAAUCGAUGCUGUAGCCAAAAAGAAAAAGCAAAAAAAAAAGUAAGAAGGAGAACAUUCAGAGGGGAAAACUACGUGAUGUGUAAUCAAGUGAUCCUGCUCUCUCUGAUGACCCUAGGCGCCGCUGCAGGAUACAUCGUGUUUUGCAACUUUACCCUUGCUGCUGAACUGAAGCAACUGCGCAAUGAGUCGCUUCUCUGCAGGACGCGCACAGAGGAGUCCAUCAAGACGUGCCAAGAGGAAUAUCAGCUGGCGGAGGUCCUUAUUCGUGACUUAACAGAAGCGAUCGAUAAGAUGCGUGACGAGGGCGAGACGCUGCAGAGAGAACUCGAAAGCUUGAUGGUCGAGAGACAGAUGGGGGAACAGCUGGCGGCCACGGUGGUGGAACUCACCAUCCAGGAGAACGCCCUCGAGCAGGAUUUAGUCAGCAUGAAGGACAAACUGCAAGACACACUAACCCGAGUCAUGCCCCUUAAGGAAGUCAACGAGAACCUUCGACAGACUAUCGCUCAGACGGUCAUUAUCUAAGGAGGUCGUGGAGAGAGGUGGUCGUUAUUUGAGGAGAGAGAGAGAGAGAGAGAGAGAGAGAGAGAGAGAGAGAGAGAGAGAGAGAGAGAGAAAGAGUUCUUAGAGUUCAUAUCUUAGAGAAAGUAAAGGAAGAAGGGAGAGAGAAAAGGCCAUUAUUAUCUAAGAAAGCAGUGGAGAGAGAGAGAAAGAGUUUUUCAUAUCUUAGAGAAAGCAGAGGAAGAAGGGAGAGAGAAAGGGUGUUUUUCAUAUCUUAGAGAAAGCAGAGGAGGAAGGGAGAGAGAAAAAGGGUUAUCAUUAUCUAAGAAAGAUGAGGAGAGAGAGAGAGAAAGGGUUACUAAUAUCUGAGAAAAAAACAGAGGAGAGAGGGAGAGAGGAUUAUUCAUAUCUGAGAGAAAGUAAAGGAAGAAGGGAGAGAGAAAGGAUUAUUAAUAUCUAAGAAAGUAGAGGAGGGAGAGAGAGAAAAAGGAUUAUUAAUAUAUGAGAAAAAAUAGAGAAGGAAGGGAGAGA